AUGUUCCCUUUCUCGUCCCUGCAAGUUGAGUAUAGCAAUUUCCAUCGUUCAUCGCAAAUCAUGUCGAACGCCCUGAGCAUGUCCAACUCCGGCUUUCCGCACUCGUGGAUCGUGUCCGGGCAGGACUUUUGCCCGAUCACCUACUCGUCCAUCCAGUCCCACAACUCGGCCGUGUCGAGCAACUUGUCCACCGUCGAGCCGGGGUUGAUCGAGCUGCGGAAGGAGAAGUCCCGCGACGCGGCCCGGUCGCGGCGCGGCAAGGAGAACUACGAGUUCUACGAGCUGGCCAAGAUGCUGCCGCUACCGGCGGCCAUCACCAGCCAGCUCGACAAAGCGUCCAUCAUCCGCCUCACGAUCAGCUACCUGAAGCUGAAGGAGUUCAGCGAGAACGGGGUGCCGUCGUGGUGCAAGGAACCGCUCGGGUUCCAGAACUACGCACCGCAGUACUUCAACGAGAUGUUCGAGACGCACCUCGGCACCCACAUCCUCCAGUCGCUGGACGGGUUCGCCAUCUCGACCGGCGUCGACGGGCGCUUCCUGUACAUCUCCGAAACGGUCUCGAUCUACCUCGGUCUCUCGCAGGUCGAGAUGACCGGGAGCAGUAUCUUCGACUACGUCCACAAGAACGACCACACGGAGGUGGAGCAGCAGCUGGGGGUGCGCAAGAGCUCCGACUACUCCGCGUACGGCAGCUACGGUGAUGAGCCGCCCGAGAAGACGGUCCUCAAACUGGACAAGGACGGAGGCGGUGGAGGUGGAGGUGGAGGCGGUGGUGGAGGUGGCAGCGGCGGCGUGAAGGGUCUGCUGCCGGGUGAAGCGUACGAGGGCGACGACCGGGCGUUCUGCAUCCGCAUGAAGUCGACGUUGACCAAGCGCGGCUGUCACUUCAAGUCGUCCGGCUACCGCGUGAUCCUGCUGCUGUGUCACCUGCGCAAGAAGGGCAGCGGGGUGGACCCACACCAGGACCAGCAGCAGCAGCAGCACGGUGGCGGUGGCGACAAGCAAACCGUCAUCGGGAUGGUUGGGAUCGGGAUCGCGCUGCCGCCGCCCUCGCUCCACGAGAUCAAGCUCGAGUCGGACAUGUUCGUCUUUCGCACCAGCCUCGACCUGACGAUCAUCCAUUGCGAAAAUAGGAUUUCCAGCUUCCUGGACUACAGCGCCGACGAGCUGAACGGGAAGAGCAUCUACACCCUCUGCCACGGGCAGGACGCGCACAAGCUACGAAAGAGCCACAGUGAGCUGAUACAGAAAGGCCAAGUGCUGACACCGUUCUAUCGCAUCCUCAACAAGAGCGCCGGCUACUUCUGGAUCCAGUCCUGCUGCACGAUGGUGUGCCAGACGAAGAACAUGAGCGACCAGACGGUGAUCUGCGUCAACUACAUCAUCACCAAGCCGGAGAAGGAGAACCUGAUCCUCGACAUCUCGCAGAUACCGGCGGCGGCGAACGUGCUCGGCGACUACCACCACGUCGGCGGCAAAUCGGGCGCCCCGCCCAAGAAGUCGGGCGUCGCCAUCGUCGACUACGAGCUCGACGGUAAAGGCAUCGGCGAUAUGGGUGGUGGCGGCCAAAGCCACACCGGUCAUUCGCACCAUCACCAGCACCUCGCCGGGGACGGAUACCUCGAUGGUGGGUCACACCAGGAGCACAAGGAGCUGCUGGAGAAGAGCGGCUCAUUGGGCAAACCGGGGUACGGGCAGCAGACGGCGGCGGCGGCGGCGGCGGUUGGCGGCCACAAAGCGCUAACCGGCCUGGUGUUCGGGGGGCACGAGAAGAAGGAUCUGGAGCUCGAGUACAAGGACAAGCUGCUGGAUCACCGCGAAAAGGGCUGCAGCAACAGUAAGCACCAACGACUGAAAAGUGGCAGCCCGAUGAUGGGCCUACCGAACGAGAACGGUGCCAUCGGUGAGAAGAAGGCUUCCGGUGGCAAGAAAAGCGUUAACAACCGGGCCAGCGUCAUACGCGUGCUCGCCAAGUCCUCGAAAAAGGUGCUGCAGGAGUCGCAUUGAAGCCGCACUUUGUUCCAUCAUUUAAUUUGUUUCGUGUUUUUUCGGGCUUAGCACUUAGUUAAUGUGAAAUGUUCGCUGCAAUAA